CUCCCGUUCAGGUUCUCUGCUCUCAAGUCGCAAACGCUCCCCCAUCCUCCGCGCGCGCUCCUCCGGCAAGCCGCGUAUCUCGUGGUCGACUGUGCUUUGAGGCAGGCCGGUUCGAGGGCUCCUCGCUCACCUGCCGUCCUCGUCCAUGCCGCCGGAGAAACCCCCACAGUCCCGAGUUCAUUGUGAACAAAGAGUUCUAAUUUCAAAUGAGCAUGGGGAGAAGCUUGUUGGUUUAUUACAUCAAACAAGUUCGAAGAAACUUGUGAUCCUUUGUCAUGGAUUCCGAGCCACAAAGGAUGACAGCAUCUUGGUUGAGCUUGCUGCUGCCAUCACAUUGGAAGGAAUUAGUGCUUUUCGGUUUGAUUUUUCUGGAAACGGCGAAAGUGAAGGUGAAUUCCAAUAUGGGAGCUACAGAAAAGAGGCAGCUGAUUUACGCUCUGUAGUAUUAUAUUUCUCAAAACAGAAAUAUGACAUAAUUGCUCUUAUUGGGCAUAGCAAAGGAGGAAAUGCUGUGCUUCUAUAUGCCUCCAAGUACAAUGAUGUCCCCAUUAUUGUGAAUAUUUCUGGCCGAUUUGCAUUAGAGCGAGGUAUUGAUGGGCGCCUUGGGAGGAAUUUCAUGCAGAGAAUAAAUAAAGAUGGGUACAUAGAUGUCAAGAACAAAAAAGGGGAGGUCGAGUACCGGGUGUCAAAAGCGAGCCUGGAAGAUCGGCUGAGCACCGAUACCCUUCUUUCCAGCCGUGCCAUCAGCAGAGACUGCAGGGUUCUCACGAUCCACGGCGCCAAAGACGAGAUCGUCCCGGCGGAGGACGCCCGGCUGUUCGCGGCGAACGUCCCCAACCACGAGCUGCGCAUCAUCGCCGAGGCCAACCACCGGUACGCCGGCCACGAGCAGGAGCUGGCCUCGCUCGUGCUGGGCUUCGUCAGGCCCCGUCUCCAGAGCACGUCGCCCUUGCGUCCCAAACUGUAGAACGCUGCGAAACCAUUCGUGAUCGAACCCGAUGAAAUUCCUUGGUUCCGAUCCGAAUUGAGAUGGCGUUAUCCGGACUCGAAGGUUGCUAGA